UGUUUUCUCAGUCUCCUCUCCCCUCAUAUCUUGCCGAGUCCAUUGCUUCAUUACUUACACUUGUCUCUCUCUCUCUUCUAUUUCAAUGGCCAAAGGAAGUGGACUCUCCAUUGAUUCAGAUCCGAUCGGAUGUUUCCUCCGUCAUCAACCUACGGUUAUCAACUCUUUCCCCGACGACAACAACAACUUCCAUCACUAUCACCAUCCUAAGCUCAAAUUUGAACCAAUGGACCUAAAUCAUCAAGAUCAACACAAAUCAUCCACCACUGAGAGAGAUUUCUUCGCCGAUAAUAAUAAUAAACAACCGGAUCAAUCACUUAUCACCGCCGCCGCUCCAGUUCCGACGAUCGGAUUCAGAUUUGAUGCAGUUAAUACUGGAUUGAAUCUUCUAACUGCAAACACGAGUAGUGAUCACUCUAUUGUUGACGAUGGCGUAUCAACUAAUUCUGAAGCUAAAACAGAGAUGUCAGUUAUUCAAUCGGAACUCGAGAAGAUGAAUGUUGAGAAUCGUCGUCUUCGUGAGAUGUUGAAUCAGAUGACUACUAAUUUCAAUGCUCUAAGAGAGAUGCAUCUCGUCGCUGUAAUGCAGAAUCAGAAUCAGAAAUCGGAAUCAGGUUCCGGCGCCGGUGGCGGUGAAGAACACGGCGCCGUUAGGCAGUUUCUUGACCUAGUUCCAUCUACGGAAGAAGCUAAAGUAAACAAUUCUGUUGAAGUAUCCGUAUACGAUGGUCCGGAUGAAAACGGGUCGAAUCAGACAUGGGGUCCGAAUAAAACUCCGAGAGUUAAUUGUAAUGCUACAGCUUCUUCUUCUUCUAAAGGUUCUGUUGAAAAUAAUCAACCUUCUGAAACUACUAUGAGAAAAGCUCGGGUUUCUGUCAGGACCCGAUCCGAGGCUCCUACUAUGAGUGAUGGAUGUCAAUGGAGAAAAUAUGGACAAAAGAUGGCGAAAGGAAACCCUUGUCCUAGGGCUUAUUAUCGUUGUACCAUGGCUGGGGGAUGCCCAGUUCGAAAACAGGUGCAAAGAUGUGCCGAAGAUAAAACAAUUUUGAUCACAACUUAUGAAGGCAAUCACAACCACCCUUUACCUCCGGCCGCCAUCACAAUGGCCUCAACAACUUCCUCGGCCGCUCGCAUGUUACUCUCCGGCUCGAUGUCGAGCGCGGAUGGAAUCACAAACCCUAAUUUCUUCGCAAGAACUCUAUUGCCUUGCUCAUCAAGCAUGGCCACAAUCUCGGCCUCCGCCCCAUUCCCAACAAUCACUCUUGACCUAACUCAAAACCCUAACGCGUUACAACAAUUCCAAAGACAACCAAUCCCCGGAGUGGUUGCUCCCACGGCUAUGUUACCACAAAUUCUAGGACAAGCGAUUUAUAACCAAUCGAAAUUUUGUGGCCUUCAAAUGUCACAAGACGCUGAAUCGAUGGCCGCCUCCCAGAUAGGCGGCCAUCAUCCGUCCACGUCAACGAACCAACCGUUACAACAACAAGGUUCGUUGACGGACACAGUCACCGCUUUAGCAUCCGACCCGAACUUCACCGCCGCUCUUGCAGCGGCGAUAACUUCGAUUAUGGGUACGGGAAAUGGCAACCCGAGUUACAUGGGAAACGAGGGAAGUAAAUAAAAGAGGUGAAAACACAAAUGAAAAUUCACUUGAGGUGGAAUGGUAGUUUGUGUCAACUCUUUAGUUCUAUGGUUACGUGAAUUCACAUGAGGCAUAAAAUUAUCAUGUAUACCAUGUUACUCUAGGGAGAGUUGAAUUAAAUAUACAUGGAUAAUUCAAAAUAUUUUGGUUUUUAUUAUUUAUUGGGAAAAAAAACUAUUAAAUUGUAAACAUUUGGGAUUUUUACAAUUCUUUUGUUUUCCAAUAAUGUAAACAUAUUAGUGAUUAUUUUUCUUUUA